AUGUUACUGUACAAAUUAGCAGCUGUCACCAUCGUAACGAUAUGUUUGUCAUCGUCGUACGUAGCAACUCUUGAAGAUUUCAAUGUGACGGAUUCAUUUGAUGAGUACAUGACGAUAGUGAAUGACGAUGGUCAAGAGGUGCUUAUAACGAAGGAACUUAUGAAGAAAUUGAAUGAGGAGGCAGAGACGUGGCACUGGAGGCCGUGGUUGAAGACGAAGACGGUGGUUGUGGGGAAUAUCAUACAAGAAGUUAAGCGCCCCAGUGGGGAUUCGGUGAGGACCUUUCCGGCGGGAAUAUUUGAUGAUCAUGAACUCCGUAGUGGCGCCGUCGCAUUGUAUUGCUUGUUUGGGAUUUGUGCCUUUACUUUUAUAGCUAUUGUAUGCAACGAUUAUUUCAUUCCGUGUGUUGAACUUAUAUGCGAGGAUUUAAAGAUACCUCAGAAUGUAGCGGCGGCUACGUUCAUGUCUGUGGCAACUUCAUGCCCUGAGUUUUUUGUAAACGUAAUAUCGACAUUCCUCACUCGAUCAGACAUGGGUAUAGGUACCAUUGUCGGAUCGUCUAUAUUCAAUUUGCUUGGUGUCGCAGCCGUGGGAAGCUUGGCUGCAAAUGCGCCCAUCGCCAUCGAGCCUCGUCCAGUUACAAGAGAUGUGUUAAUAUACAUGGUCAACGUCGGUGCACUGGUCGCUAUAGUGUGGAACGGAGAAAUAGUCUGGUAUGAAGCCAUGAUACUCGGAAUCUUGUACAUACUCUACUUCAUCAUAAUGUUCAACAGUGUCAGAAUUUUCGCCUUAAUCGAUUUGAUUGAAAAGGCCUGUUGUCAAAGAAAAUCUCGGGGUAAGUAUACGGUAAAUACGGAUGAAAAACCUAUAGAAGAGGGUAUUGAUAACAAGGGGUUCGUUGACAAUGUUCAGACAAACAACGUGACAAGCAAUGAAAAGCAAUCAUCAGAAAAGACGGAACUUGAAGAAAAACCAAAAAAGAGUUUCUUUAGAUUUCCCAAAGAGAAAUCUGUUAUAUACAAGAUCUGGUGGGUUUACACUUGGCCUUUAAAGUUCAUCUUGAGAUCAACUAUCCCGUCGCCCGUCACUUGUAGGAGAUAUUAUCCGCUAGCAUUUCUGCUGUGCAUUGUAUGGAUAGGGGCCAAUUCUUACAUCGUGACUUGGAGCAUAACUGUCAUAGGUCACACAUUUUUUAUCCCCGAGUCGAUUAUGGGGAUGACAGUACUGGCCUUCGGAGGUUGUCUUCCAGAAGCUUGCUCCAUAUUUAUCAUGUCAAGAAAAGGUCAGGGAGGCAUUGGUGUUUCGAAUGCAUUAGGUGCAAAUUCUCUAUCUAUUUUAUUCGCCCUCGGCUUGCCCUGGCUCAUCAAAACCCUCAUGCUAUUGGUGCAAGGAGUCGACACAGCUGUGACCAUCAAUUCAGAGGGAAUCGACUUCAUCGUAUCCUCGUUACUCGUUGCUGCUUGCCUACUAUGGAUUUCUUUAUUCAUGGCAAAAUUUAAGCUCAGAAGAAGCCUCGGUGUUGUUUUAUUUGGUCUCUACUUAAUAUUCAUUACGUUCGCAAUUCUCGUGGAAAUGGGUAUAAUUCUGGAUGAAACAGUUCACUUUUAA